AUGGGACGUCGCCCGGUGCGUCGCGCCGCUCCACCUAGCGAUGGUGCCGUAGGCGGCGUAGCCGGGAUCCCCUCUCCAUCGUCCUCAGCAGCAGCAACCUCUGAGGGCAAGGUGCCGGCUGCGGCGGCGGGCGAACCGGCGGCGGCGGCGCCUAAAGGAGACACGGGAGGCAAGAAUCCGUUGAUGGGCCUCCUUCACUACGGUUCGGACUCCGAAGAAGAGGAGCCUCCAGCACAAAAGCCGGCGUCGGCAUCAUCCGUCUCCACUCCGGACCCAUCACCUGCAGAGAGUCUAACGUACACGCUCCCGACCGGCUGGCAGCAGUGCAUGGACAACGCCGGCCUGGUGUACUUCUGGAACACCGAGACCGGCGAUACGUCGUGGGACCCGCCAGAGGGCACGCAGACGAAGGUUUCGAAGACGAGCAGCGCUGUUGAUACGCCGUCUGAAGCACUGCCGAUCGUCCCUGAAGCCGUCGCUGAUGCUGCUAGCCGAGAAGCGCCGGCGGGCAGCGAUGCCACGAGCGACACGGCCAGCGAGGCUGAAGAGGACAAAGCGGUGGCGUUAGCAGGAGUAACAGUAGAUGAGGGCGCGAAUCGUGCAAGUACCAAUAGCUCUGGUGUCGCUGGUGCCGCUGCUCCUGCUGUGUCCAAGGUAGGCGUUGAUACCGAGGAGGUCGAGGAAGGCGCCGUUAGCGGCGGGCAAGAAGCCGCGGACAGGGGUGCCACGCCAAAGGGAUCCCCACGCUCAGCCGCGGACCCGCCUGCCGCCCAAGAUCGACGGAUGACAGCCGUGGGAGAGGAGCAGAAAGGGGGAGAGGAACUCCCGCAGCAAAGUAAAUCCACGGGCACUGGCAGCUCUGACGUUCCCGUUGCUGCAACGGCAGGCAUCGACGAUCUCCUCGCGGGCAUCGAGGCGGAGCUGUUGCUCGGCGGCGGCGACGGUGAGGGUAAGCUUGACGGCGAUAAAGACGAGGCAAAGGACAGCGCAGUCGAAGAGAACGGCGACACAAGGUCAACGGGAGAGGAACAGGACUUCGCGCCGCUGCGAGAAGUGGCGCCCGGUCUCGACGCGCGGGCGCAAAAGGCUCACGCCGAGCUUGCCGCCUUGCUGGCGGUGGCGGCCGAAGGGAAGGGAGAGGAGGCGGGGUCGUCUGUUGUUCAAGCAACCGACCCGUCGGUGAGGUUGGGCAUCGAGCUUGCCGCUGUGCUUCGUGCUCGCUUAUCAGACUGGAGACAAGGCAAGUGCAUGGAUAGAAUUGGGGUUGGCGGCCUUGACGGCACCUUCUUCGUUCUCAAGCUUGAGGAGAUGGCGGCGGAGGCUCGUUCAGCCCUCGGUCCGUCUUCUUGCCCCACAGCACAUAGGGCGACCGGACAGUCUCAGAGUCAGACACGGCCGGAGCUCGCCGCUUCCAUGGAUGCCAUCACACCAGGUGCGAUGGGUGCCGUUUCUUCAGCCGGCAGCCUCCCAGACGUGGCGGAUCCCCCGCCAGGCGAUGCUGCAGAGCGAGAUGCCACAGCAGUUUCGGACGGCAAGAAGUCGAAGGGCCAUUCAAAAAAGCGGCCGCGUGUUCGAGGGGCGGCCACCAAGGCGGCUUCCGCGGAUAAUGGGGAGGCGGUUUCGACCAGAAGUGUCGACGACGGCGUAGCGGAGGGUGUACCGGCAUCCCACGCUACUGACGAUAACGCCUCUUCUUCGACCGCUUCUGGUGCUGAUGCUGAUGCCGAGGCCGUGAGAGCGGCAAGGAACGCUGAGAAGCUCAAGUGGGCGGACGAAGUAUCUGCAGCGGCGUCUGCUGCAGUCGCCGCCGCAGCCGCGCAUUCUCAAGCUAAAAGAGAGCUCGCGAAGGCAGAGUCGGAGGCGAAAGCUGCUGCCGUCGGGACCGUCGAGAAGGAGGUAACCGACUCGCAAGGUUCCAACAGCGACCGGCGCAGAAAACACGCUGCUUCGGGUGACGAUGCUACCAGUGACAAGAGGAACCAUGCCACGUCAACAGAUACGCUUGCUACCGCGAGGGCAAUCGUAGAAGGCACUAUCGACUUGGGGGGGGUCGGUGACGAUGAUGAUGACGAUGAUGAUGACGGAAAGGAAGAUGGCGAGGUUAUUGUCUCAACCGCUACGACAGAGGGAGGGGCGACGGCGGGGGCGAAAGAUGAUGCGGCGUCGGUGCCAGCACCGGACACGCGCGAAUCGGGGAUCGUGAUCGCAAAGGACCCUACACUUCCCGAUGUUCCAAGUGGGUGGUCGGCCGUUUUUGACACAACACAUCAAGCCUACUACUACCACAACCUUACUACCGACGAGACCUCUUGGGUGCUACCGGCCACGGUUGCCGAAUCACACCCAGCGGACAGCAAGUCUGUAAAGUCGUCGCCGGAACGGGAUGAGCGUCCUCGCGAGAUUAAGAAGUCCAAGGCUGACGAAGGCGACGCCAGCACCGGGAGAGGUGAACGACGGUCUGAAUCGAGUAACCUGUCGCGCCGACGAGGGUCGCCGGGAGACGAGGGAGGCCGCGAGCAUGCCGAGGCAUCGGCUGCAAUUAAUUUUGCGGGAAAAAGCGUCGAAACGAAACACGAAAAACGAUCCUCAAGAAAGAGAGAUGUCGAAUCUGGUGCUACUUCAUCUACAGCAUCGCAGGACGAGAAGCCUGCACCGGCGGCAUCGACAGAUGCUGCGGCCAAGGAGGGCGACUCGGCGAGCAUACCAGAAUCCCUCUCGAGCACCUGGGUACGCGUCUGGGAUGACAACCACGAGGCGUUCUACUACCACAAUACCGUCACCGACGAGACUUCGUGGGAUCCUCCCGCUGCCGCGGAUGUUCCCGCCGCCGCCACCGCCGCCGCCGCCUCGGCCGCCUCUGAUGACUCGACUCUGGCGGCGCCUUCUCCUCGGCCUUCGGGCGACAAGAAGCAAAAGCAGCAGAAGAAACGAAAGGACUCUGCUGCGGUAGAAGCCGCCACACCUGGUGGCGCUCAACAGCGGUCGCCAUCUCCCGAGUCGUCCAUUUCCGCGGCUGCCUCUCCCGCUGCCGAGAGCGUGUCGACACCAGGGGGGCAGCGUCGGUCUCCCUCACCGCAACGCCGGCGGCCUCUGUUGACGCGGCUGAAGCUCCCACCACUUCCGUGGUGGACUUGCGGCCGUGCACGCUAGUUUGGUGGUCGGAUGCCGGGGACGUUUGGAACGGCGUAUCGCUGUCGGGUCUUCUUGG